AUGGAGGCAGAGAAGGAAUUAGGAAUAGAGAUUGACCAGCACGGAAGGAUAGAAAAGAAGAGGGAAGACGAAGGGGAGAGGAAAGCAAGAGGCAGGCCUACAAAGGCGGAGGAGCUUGCUAAACAAAGAGGAAGGGCGGACAGCCUAGGAUCGGUCAAAGAUCUCAUUUUGAAAAGGAAAAGAAAAGAGUUAGAGGAAGAAGCGGCCAGGGCAGCAGAGAAAGAAAUUCUCGACAAAUUUAAUGAAACGAGAAGGACCAACAGAUCACCGCCAGCGAAGAUAAAAAAAGGAGAAGAGGGUAAAGGAAAGAUGGCGACAGAGGAUCUAUUAAAAGAGAUACUGAGGAAAAUGGAAGAACAGGAGGAGGAAAGGAAAAAAGACAAAGAAGAAAUAAAAAACGAAAUAAAGGGAGUAAGGGAGGAAUGGAAGAGAAGGGAGGAAAUAUGGGAAAGGCAGAAAAAGGCACUAGAAGAAAAGGUAAAAACGAUGGAGGAGAAGAUAGAAAAAUUAGAGAUGAAAGGCGCAGAGGAGAAUGAAGGCAAGGAGAUGAUAGAAAAAAUGAAGGAAAUAGAAAAAAGUGUGGAGAUGACGGAAAGAAGAAGGAGAAAAAAUAAUAUAAUCGUAAAGGAGAAGAAGUUAAGAAACGUUAAAGAGAGAAAAGAAAAUUUCGAAAAGUUGAUGGAAGAACUAAACAAUACAGAAAGAAGCAUAGAAGAAAUACAAGAAAUAGGAAACGGGGAAUACAAAAUGAGACUCUUGAAAUGCAAAAACUGGGAAGCUAAAAGAGACAUCAUGAAGAAAAAGAAGGAACUAGGAAGGAAAUAUGGAAGCUUUUUGGAUGACGAUCUCACCAAACAGGAAAGACAAAUACAAACAGAGAUAAGAAAGAUAGCAAGAGAGAAGAGAGAGAAAGGAAAAAGAGUGACAAUUGGUUAUCAAAAGAUGUGGGAGGACAACAAGGAAUGGAGAUGGAACAAAAGCAAAGGCAGACUGGAGGAGAGGGAAGACUUUCAUAGGUCACAACGAAGAGAAUGA